CGAGGACCUGAAGAUGUGCAGUUAUCAACCACGAAACAGUACUUAGGUACUAGUAUCACAACACGAAGUAAAGGAAAGUGAUCGUACGGAUCCACAGGAGACACCUAGAGAGCCGUCACGUGCUUGCACCCUUCGGAUUUAAUCCCAUGUUAUGUUUCCACCUGAAAACAUAAGUAUCUGAGUGAUUAAGUAAACAAAAAUAUGCGGUUUCUUCUUUCGCGAUUUCUGAUACUCCUCCCCUUUGUGGACAGGGUCGCCGCUAUUCAGAAGUGCGAUGCGAACUGCGCAAGGUGUCGCGUAUUUGCACACGAAGUCAGCGGUUGCGAUCCCGAAAGGAAAAUACCGUGUCAGACGGGAUGUUAAGAUUGAUUCUGUGUGGUGAGUCCUUCAUGCUGUCUCCCUCCUGUUUGUUGAGUGUGAAACGUACUGUGCCCCUACUGGUGGCCAGAAAUUUUUUUUCUGAAAUCUCCAAAUCCCAAAAAAAAAAGAUUGCUGUGUACAACUACAAUGAAUCUGUUGCUUCCGUUUCCAGCGUUGGAAACGAACGAAUGAGACGACAAGGGAGUGUCAAUUUUCAUGUUCGUCCGUUUCCAGCAUUGGAAACGAACGAAUGAGACGUCUAUUUCAUCUGUCGCGCCCUCUAAGACUGGCACUGCAUGCAAUGUCGAGCGGGCUACGAACUCUGGUUUGACCGUUGCUUCGUGCCCUGUCCGACUGGGUAUUCAUCCUUUUUGUCUCCUGUUGGCAAUUUUUCCUAUCUCCCAGUGUAUGAACAACUACUUUCUGACCCACGUACAAGUCCCCUAAUUCAUAGCAGUGGCAGGGCUGCGACGCAUCAGACAGGGCCACAUCAGAUCAAUCUUCAAUUAUACCCAUUCUCCUCAUCAGGCAAUUCCGUUACGGCUACGAAUGCCAGAAAUGCACCAAAAAUUGUCUCCGAUGUACUGGUCCGCAUCCUCACGAGUGCAUUCAAUGUGCACCAACACAUGAAUUUGAUGCGCGAAAUCUAUGCGUGAAAAGAUGCGCCGAUGGGUAUUACCCAGCACUGGAAGACUACCAGACACAAGAGCUCGCUAUCUAUCCGAAUUUCGGAGAAGGCAGGAGCUUAUGGGGACUAGCUUACUACCACUGCUGCAUACGUUUAUUACUUGCAGAAAUCAUGAAGAUUUCUUCGUAGAUCAAGUGUUUGCAUUUUUCUGGUAGUACCAGCGAUUUCCUCUAAGAUGAGAAGCGCAGAUAGAUUUUGGUGGAUGCGGGUUGUGCCACCACACGUGUAAGACAUGUAGGAGUUGGAGCGCCAUCACUUGUACCUCAUGCGACGCAGAAUCGUACUUGAGUUAAGGGAUGUGUUUCAACUGGCACUUGUACUUACUUAUCUAGUUCUAAACUAAGUAUUUAUAUUAUAGUUUAUCCUGGCGAUCAGAAUCGAUUGUCGUCUGAAGGUGCAUUUUUUUGUUGUUCAUUGAUGAAAAUGUUCAUAAAGUCAACUGCAGGCUGGUGCUUGCGAUGUGAGUUUCAAAUACUCUAGGACCAUCCAAGCCAGUCUAAGUCACGCAAAACUUCUGGGCUGCGAAUGCUGGCACUACAAGAGGAAGUCCAGGAACAGGAGAAUGCGUGCCGAUUUCGGCUAGAGGGUAUCGAUUUCCAAAAUCUGAGUACGUUCAUCAUAUCAAAGCGGAUUUCAUAAAGAUGAAGAUAUAGAUACUUUUUAUUGCUUGAAAACUAAUGAAUUUCGACUUGUUUCUAAUAUCAGCUUCUUGUACCACGAAGACGAUCAAUUUUUAUUUUGACUUCUCCCACGUCAGGUUCUACUACAAAAAGCCGGAAGAUUCUCGACAAUAUGAAUGUCCACCUGGUACUUUGCGGUGUGAGUCGGCUUGGCGAGCAUUCGAGUGUGAUCUGACAUUAAGGCUUGGAGGACUUUUGUGAAGAUAGUGUGCAACACCAGACGAUGAUUCAGAUUGACGAGUUCUGGUUCACAGACACGUUGAUUCAUUUUUUUUUCCACGACCGACCACAAGCACAAGAUAACUAUGAUCAUCGUUGUACGUAAAAGUACUAAUCUAUAUAUAUUCAUCGACGCAAGAAGAACCCCCUCUCUCUUGUUCAACAACAACACCUCUAAUGACAAGCCACAAUUACGAACCAGUUGUGCAGAAGUGCUUCACAAAGCCCCUAUUGGAUCAAGCGGAGAUUACAGCCGAGUCUUACCUUGGCGAUGCAGUGAACAAUCCUGGAGCGCCCUCUUGGUCCUCGGUUUCCACCGUUGCUCUUGUUAAGGCUGGUGGUCGUGGUGAAAUAUAUACACCGCUUCCUUUUUUCUAACUUCCCUAGGUAGGUUUGCUCCACCACAUAUAUUCCACCACAUAUAAAUAUAUUACCACCUUUGCUCUUGUUAAGGCAAAGGUGGUAAGGUCGUGGACAGGACGACGAUAGCGCCGGCGCUUAAUUAGUUUUAGCAGAUAGGAGGAUACCUGACGAUAAUUACCCUUUUCUCUUUUCUAUCUUCCUCUGGGCUUUCUUUUUUCUAGCUAGGUCGGCUCCGCCACAAAUCUACUGUGAGGGCUCACUAUCAUGCGCCUACUUUGUUACUUUCGUGUAGUGGGAGAGGAGUCCUUCAACGGUCGUACCCCUAAGGAGAGAAGCUAGAUUAAAUAUUGUAAAGAUUUGCACUGUUCUCUACUCCGCUUCAAAGCUUCUUGUAAAGAUACGCAUUUGACUCUUUCUAAUUCCGAAGGUCUUGGAGUUCAGACAGCGGCGGCGCAGCAAUCCGCAGCAGCGUCUUUGCUGCGACAUAUGAUGGAAGUGCGAGAAGCGAAGAAAGGACCACAAACUGUUAAGGCAAUGAGAAUGAUGAAAAUGCCCAUUAGUUUGUAAGAUCUGGACUAGUACCAAGAAUCAAUCUCUGUGAUGAUUGUCCCAGUAAAUUGUGACUUCAAAGAUUAAGAUAAAUUUGAUUUCCGUCUACCUAGUGCUAGUCAAGUUGAUCUUGCUUUGGUAAUGCAAUUUUUUUCCCGCAGCUAUCAAUCUAAGCAACCUCCGACUUCUCCAGCAGCUACUUCUUCUGUAACGAACCACGAUAAGCAAGCGGGAUCGAGUGAUACGACAAUACCUGCGCCCCCACGGUCACUUGACGUGCCGCCACCAAGCGGUGAGAGGGCAGACCAAACAGAAAAGAAACAAUCGGUUUCACAUGGGGAAUCGAGGAUAGACCAACCUGCUGCCAAAAGGGUCGAUAGUGAAAAGAAAGCUAAGAGGAGAUCUUGCGUUUUCUCAUGAAGAAGAUAGUCGACGAAACUUUAUCUUCCAUGACGAUCGCUAGAGAUUCUGAUUGACAAAGGAAGCUGGAUACUUGAUAGGUCCUUAAGUACUUGAGUUAAGAAUUUCGUGGGGAUUUCUCUCCUCCGAUAUGGAUAUAAAAUUCGAUUCAUUCGACCUUGUAGUGAAAAUCAAAAGUCUUUUCAAAACUAGACUACAUCACCACGACAGCACUUGCACUUCUUCUAACCCAUCCGACUCUACUGGUCUCGAGACGUGGGAAGACUUGCACACGUAUGUAGCGCCAAACUCCAUGUUAGAGAAACGGCUUCUAACAGGAGAAGAAGGUAAACAAAUAUCCGACCUUCUAGGUGGUGAAGAAGGCCGAUCGACAGAAAAUCUAGCUCGUGCAGGCAGACGGAGAGGGCGAACAGCACGUGCUGAACAUGAGAAAUUAUGCUGAACAUGAACCGGGUGUUUCGGGUAGUGCUGGCUUGGACAGAUUUGAUGUUAUACUAUGAUAUAUUUUUCAUUUUUCCUGAUCAUGGUCGUUUCCCUCUAAAAACUAGAGCAAGUAGAAGCGAUAAAACACAUUCUAAAUCAAGCACAAGACGCAAUGAGCACUGGUGAAGGGAAGGAGAGAGCGGAACGAGAAAAAGCCAACUACGAGGACAACAUCGAGCGCGCAGCAUUAGACGGACCUCACAUUAUGCUGCAAGGAUAGUGGAAACUCAUCAAACUUUGCUCAAUACAAAAAUCAAUGCCAUGCUUUGUUUUCUCAACGAAAAAACUGAUCAUGAGAAGCUACACUUAGUUUCACUUUCGACCAAAGUCGUGUGGUCAACAUUGAUUAUAUCUUGUAAUUACUGCCUACGAAUGCAUCAGCAAUCCACACUUACUUACUAGAAAGAACAAAGUGCUGUCGUAUGUCCUUCCUCGUCCCGCCUUCCUCCCUACCCAGAUGAUAACUACAAGCAUCCAUUCUUCUAGUACGUCUUCUAAUCAUGGAGCGACCCAGAGAACGCCGAAUCGACGGAAGGAGAUGAACCGGUAUAAAGGCAAGAGGACGCGACAAGAGGUAAUGGAGGCGGACAAGGGUUAUUGGGGUGCAAGAGGACCACGAGAACAAUAACCGUUGUUCUUCUUGAAGAGUGCGGGAGGUCUCUACUUCUUGUGCUUACACUACGUCAACAGAAUCAGGUGAACAUGAAGAUCGUCUAGAAAUGAUAAGACGCAACAUGAAUGCAUCUGGUCAAGAAUGCGCAGACUCUCAUAGCUCACAAAGAAGUUUCCAAGUCCAAUCCCUAAUGAAUGAAAAUCCUCUAAUGUAGCUUCUUAUUCGAGGUCGAGUUGUUCCCUUUUGCG